GCUAGUAUAAGUAGUUGGUACUUCUUCAUCAUGUAUGAUGAUAUUGCAGGCCUUAAACCAGGUACUAGGGGGGGGAUUCUACGCAGCAGUUGAUAGUAUUAGUAGUUGGUACUUCUUCAUCAUGUAUGAUGAUAUUGCAGGCCUUAAACCAGGUACUAGGGGGAUUCUACGUAGUAGUUGCUAGUAUAAGUGGUUGGUACUUCUUCAUCAUGUAUGAUGAUAUUGCAGGCCUUAAACCAGAUCGGAGUAGAGUUCAAAACAUUACAAAUGGUACUUUAGACGCUAAUAAUGAGAAUAUUGAGGAUGGUCGGAAUGAUUCUGAAAUUGAAGAAUACUGGAAUAUCACUACAAGUUCUAUUAGUUCUAAUAGUACAGAAUAUAUGGAGAUGGAUAAUAUUAGUGCAGAAUAUAUGGAGAUGGAUAAUAUGGACGAGGAUUUUUCUCAUCUAAAGUACUACAUGGCGGCCUGCUUCUGGAUCUGUUGGGGAUCAUGUGCUCCUAAUCUGUACAAUACAAUACAGGUUUUAAGAGGAUUUAUAAACUUCUAUGAUGAUAUAAUAACUCAGAUCUUUAUAAUGGUCAAUUACCUGACUAUAGUCAUCAACACUCUUGAUGUUAUCCGGACUCAUUGGAUCUACAUUCCUCCAGUUCUAAGGUUGGGAUUGUUUGGCGCGGGUCUGUUUAUGAUACACCUAGAGCUGGUUAGGUUAACCAUACUCUUCUUUUUCCCGGCUAAGGGUUCCUGGUUUAAUCUGAGAAACAGUGUGAUAACUAGUGUUCUGGUUGUAUCCUCGGGUUUCCUGUUUGCUCUUCUUCUGAUCACGAUAGAUCCAUCCUUGAAUAAACAAGCUCCCCCUCAAAAACCUCAUGGAUUCUGGCAAAGUGGAGCGAUGUUAAGCCUUGUCAUCGGACCAACCAUUGGAACCCUAAUGAUCACUUUUAUACUUCUAUUAGCAUUCUCUCUAAAGCUUAGAAGGAGUAGACAUGAUACGUUUUUUUACCACCUGAAUGGUAAUAGGGUUAAACCGAUCACAAUCAGCGUGUUUGAUAGUGCUGUCUGUCAAACAACUGAAUCUCACCAACAAGAAAAAGAUUUAGCAUCUGCUGUUGCUGAGGAGAAAUAUAAAGAGGAGAUGAGUAAUCACAUCAAAUCUUUGACCUUCCUCACCUUCCAUGUUCUCUUCUUCGUUUUUUGCCUUUUCGUUUGCUAAACUAUGUUUAUCUAACCAAGGAAGAGAGAGAUAUACUUAAUGUAAUUAAUAAAAAUAUCAAGCAUAAUAUUAACAUUUUUCAUAAAAUAUACAUGAUUAUUAAUAAUGUAUCGGUGUACACUUAAAUUAACAAAUCAAAAAUAAAGAAUGGCAAAAGUGUUUUUCUCUUUUUUAAUGUCCCAAAUAUCUAAAAACUACCUAUUUUGUGUUGAAAAUAAUAAGAAUUCAGUGUCAUCGGUCAUCCUAUACCCCAGUUUUACAGUUUUUGUGAUAUAAGUUGAAUUUGUCCUUUUUUACGGUGAUAACAAAAUCACAUACAUUUUUUCCAAAUGGUAAAUCUUCUCCCGCAUAAUUAAAUUUAACCACUAUCCAACUUCAACUAUACAAUUCAGCUAAACCUAACCUAUUUUUAAAUUCAAUACAUUUUCAGGUCAAAACCCUCCUAGGUCAGUUUUCUCUGGAUCAGAUAACCGGUACGGUUUGAGAACGAGUUCUACAUUCUUUAUUAACUGAACACAUGACAAUGCAGACGUAAAAAAACCAAAGGGCUGGGUGGAAUGAUCAGAAAAACAGAAAGGGGUUGUAAAGAAAGCUGUGAUACCACCCCCCCCCCUGCCUUUGUUACGCCACUGAAUAAAAAUGAAGGAAGUAAAGUAAUAAUCUGAGUAUUGACGUAAAGCAUCCAACGUAUAUUGUAAGAUAAGAAGACUAUAUAAUAAAGAGAAGGGUAGGUCCUAGUAUCAGUUGACAACACAUCAUCAGCAAUGUUUGGAUUGAGAGCUAUGUUUGUUUUGUUAGGUUUAGCAGUUGCUUUAACAGCAGCUAGUCCAAUGGAGAAAUUCAACAAAUUUGGAUACCUUAAACCAGUCAACACAUUUGAUGAAAGUACAACAACCACUACCACUCCAUCAGGAUCCACUACCACUCCAUCAGGAUCCACUACCACUCCAUCAGGAUCCACUACCACUCCAUCAGGAUCCACUACCACUCCAUCAGGAUCCACUACCACUCCAUCAGGAUCCACUACCACUCCAUCAGGAUCCACUACCACUACCACUCCAUCAGGAUCCUCUGCCGUCUACUGUUCUUUAGUUUUAAUAAUUUCUUCAUUAUUUCUACUUUAAACGCCAUGUAUAAAUUACAAACAGUUUAUUUUAAUUUGAAAUAAAUAUGUUCUACUUUCGUAGUUGGC